UCCUAGGAGGAGAGGGUAGGGACGCGACCUUCAGCUGGGGCCUGGGAGCAAAGAGGCGGCAGAUGUUCACCUCUCGAUUCUGGACCUGUCGUCACUGAAGAUCCAGCCCACCAGUCCCACAUCUGACCCGUAGAAGAAUCCCCCCGUCCCCCGCCAAACCUCCGCUCCCCACACCCACACCCACACACUCACACUCUGGGGAACACAGACUAGUCACUGUCUGUCCUACUACUGUCUCAGGCCAUGCUUGAGGCUGCCAGGGGUCCUGGAUCCAUGGUUCGUUCAUCCCCACCCUUAUCUCAGUUCUGAGAACUUUAUUUUGGAUGGAGAAACAGCCCAGAAUCCACUGGUGGGUCUGUGGGAAACUGGCUAAGAGCUGAUGAGGGGGUGGACAUGGGAAGGAAGGGGAUAAUGUUUGUUUCAGUCUCAGACUGCAUGUCCACCCUGAGGCAGAGAUGCUGCUGAAAGGGAAAUGUGACAUCUGAAUACCCUUUUCACCUUAGCUUUUGCAGGUCCCUCUUUGCAUAGGAGAGCAGCUGGAGAGAGGAAUCUCUCCAGAUAUAAGAAAACAAAAACAAAAACAAAAACAAAAACCAAGCAGUGCACAGAAGCAGGUUCAGAGGAAGGCUGUCAGUUCCUUGCUGGAGAAUUUGUCCACAAAGAGUUGCCAAGAUAGCUGGGCCAGGAAGAAAGCGCCGCAGCCCUGACCCAGACACCGUUGCCGACCCCGGGGCACUCUGGCUGUCACCCAAGCGGCUCAAGAUGUCUGGCGGGGCCAGCACCACAGGCCCAAGGAGAGGGCCCCCAGGACUGGAGGAGGCCACCAGUAAGAAGAAGCAGAAGGAUCGAGCAAACCAGGAGAGCAAGGAUGGAGAUCCUAGGAGAGGUGGGUCAGCAUUCACUUCUCGGGAGGAGCCGACCAAAGAGGAGUUGUUGCUCGAUUGGAGGCAGAGUGCUGAUGAGGUGAUUGUCAAGCUGCGUGUGGGAGCUGGUCCCUUGCGUCUGGAGGAGGUGGAUGCUGCUUUCACAGACACAGACUGUGUGGUGCGGCUUCCAGGUGGUCGGCAGUGGGGUGGUGUUUUCUAUGCUGAGAUAGAAAGUUCUUGCACCAAAGUGCAGGCUCGCAAAGGUGGCCUCCUGCAGCUGUCACUGCCCAAGAAGGUGCCUCUGCUCACGUGGCCCUCUCUCCUGAAGAAACCUCUAGGGACCCAGGAGUUGGUGCCAGGGCUGCGGUGCCAGGAGAAUGGGCAGGAGCCGUCUCCUGUUGCCCUGGAGCCAGGCCCUGAGCCCCGCCGGGCUAAGCAGGAGGCCCGGAACCAGAAGCGGGCCCAGGGCCGUGGUGAGGUAGGCGCAGGGGCUGGCCCUGGGGCCCAGGCAGGGCCCAGCGCCAAGAGGGCUGUGCAUCUCCACAGAGGGCCAGAGGGGGAAGGGUCCAGAGAUGGCCCUGGACCCCGAGGUGAGGCCCCCAAGUUCCUGGCUGAGCCGGCCACCCAGGCUGAGGCUGAGGAACAGCUCCGUGUACCACCACUGAACCCCCAGACCUGCCUCCUGGGCUCAGAGGAGAAUCUAGCACUUUUGACAGGAAAGAAAGCAGUAGCCCCCAGGAAUGACCCAGUGUCCCCAGUCAUGGCUCGGAGCAGAGACCCUGAGAAAGAUGAUCGUUCCAAAGAGGAGAUGGCAGUGGCAGCAGAUGCUGCAGCCUUGGUGGAUGGUAAAGAGCCCGAGUCCAUGGUGAACCUGGCAUUUGUCAAGAAUGACUCGUAUGAGAAGGGGCCGGACUCAGUGGUGGUGCACGUGUACGUGAAGGAAAUCUGCAGGGACACAUCUCGAGUGCUUUUCCGCGAGCAGGACUUCACGCUUAUCUUCCAGACCAGGGACGGAAACUUCCUGAGACUGCACCCGGGCUGUGGGCCCCACGCCAUCUUCCGUUGGCAGGUGAAGCUCAGGAACCUGAUCGAGCCAGAGCAGUGCACCUUCUGCUUCACGGCCUCUCGCAUCGACAUCUGCCUCCGUAAGCGGCAGAGUCAGCGCUGGGGGGGCCUGGAGGCCCCAGCUGCACGAGGUGCAGUGGGUGGUGCAAAGGUAGCCGUGCCGACAGGUCCAACCCCUCUGGAUUCAACCCCACCGGGAGGUACCCCCCACCCCCUGACAGGCCAGGAGGAAGCCCGGGCUGUGGAGAAGGAGAAACCCAAGGCUCGAUCUGAGGACACAGGCCUAGAUGGUGUGGUAGCCCGCACCCCCAUGGAGCAUGCAGCCCCAAAGCCAGAGCCACACCUGGCAUCGCCCAAGCCCACAUGUAUGGUGCCUCCAAUGCCCCACAGCCCGGUGAGUGGAGACAGCGUGGAGGAAGAGGAGGAAGAAGAGAAGAAGGUGUGUCUGCCGGGCUUCACUGGCCUUGUCAAUCUAGGCAACACCUGUUUCAUGAACAGCGUCAUUCAGUCUCUAUCCAAUACUCGGGAGCUGCGGGACUUCUUCCACGACCGCUCCUUUGAGGCCGAGAUCAACUACAACAACCCACUGGGGACUGGUGGGCGUCUGGCCAUCGGCUUUGCUGUACUGCUCCGGGCGCUGUGGAAGGGAACCCAUCAUGCCUUCCAGCCCUCCAAGUUGAAGGCCAUUGUGGCGAGCAAGGCCAGCCAGUUCACAGGCUACGCACAGCACGAUGCCCAGGAGUUCAUGGCUUUCCUGCUGGAUGGGCUGCACGAAGACUUGAACCGUAUUCAGAAUAAGCCCUACACGGAGACCGUGGACUCAGAUGGGCGACCUGAUGAGGUGGUAGCUGAGGAAGCCUGGCAGCGGCACAAGAUGAGGAAUGACUCUUUCAUCGUGGACCUAUUUCAGGGCCAGUACAAGUCGAAGCUGGUGUGCCCCGUGUGCGCAAAGGUCUCCAUCACUUUUGACCCGUUCCUGUACCUGCCGGUGCCUUUGCCACAGAAGCAAAAGGUUCUCCCUAUCUUCUAUUUUGCCCGGGAGCCCCACAGCAAGCCCGUCAAGUUUCUGGUGAGCAUCAGCAAGGAGAACUCCAGUGCAAGUGAAGUGUUGGACUCCCUGUCUCAGAGUGUCCACGUGAAGCCUGAGAACCUGCGUCUGGCUGAGGUGAUUAAGAAUCGCUUCCACCGUGUGUUUUUGCCCUCCCACUCACUGGACACUGUGUCACCUUCCGACACGCUCCUCUGCUUCGAGCUGCUAUCCCCAGAGUUAGCUAAGGAGCGGGUGGUGGUGCUAGAGGUGCAGCAGCGCCCCCAGGUGCCCAGCAUCCCCAUCUCCAAGUGUGCAGCCUGCCAGCGGAAGCAGCAGUCAGAGGAUGAGAAGCUGAAGCGCUGUACCCGUUGCUACCGCGUGGGCUACUGCAACCAGCUCUGUCAGAAAACCCAUUGGCCUGACCAUAAGGGCCUCUGCCGCCCUGAGAACAUUGGCUACCCCUUCCUGGUCAGUGUACCUGCCUCACGCCUCACUUAUGCCCGUCUUGCUCAGCUGCUAGAGGGCUAUGCCCGGUACUCUGUGAGUGUGUUCCAGCCACCCUUCCAGCCUGGCCGCAUGGCCUUGGAGUCCCAGAGCCCUGGCUGUGCCACACUGCUGUCCACUAGCUCCCUGGAGGCUGGGGACAAUGACAGGGACCCUGUUCAGCCACCAGAGCUCCAGUUGGUGACCCCUGUGGCUGAGGGGGACACAGGGGUCCCCCGGGACUGGGCAUCCCCUGAUCGGGGCCCUGUGCCCAGCACCAGUGGAGUUUCUUCUGAGAUGCUGGCCAGUGGGCCCAUUGAAGUUGGCUCCUUGCCUGCUGGUGAGAGGGUGUCCCGGCCUGAAGCUGCUGUGCCUGGGUACCAACACCCAAGUGAAGCCAUGAAUUCCCACACACCGCAGUUCUUUAUCUAUAGAAUUGAUGUAUCCAACCGAGAGCAGCGGCUAGAGGACAAAGGAGACACCCCACUAGAGCUGGGUGAUGACUGCAGCCUUGCUCUAGUCUGGCGGAACAAUGAGCGCCUGCAGGAGUUUGUGUUGGUAGCCUCCAAGGAGCUGGAAUAUGCUGAGGAUCCAGGCUCUGCUGGUGAGGCUGCCCGUGCUGGCCACUUCACUCUGGACCAGUGUCUGAACCUCUUCACGCGGCCUGAGGUGCUGGCACCUGAGGAGGCUUGGUACUGCCCGCAGUGCAAACAACACCGCGAGGCCUCCAAGCAGCUGUUGCUGUGGCGCCUGCCGAAUGUGCUCAUCGUGCAGCUCAAGCGCUUCUCCUUUCGCAGUUUCAUCUGGCGUGACAAGAUCAAUGACUUGGUGGAGUUCCCUGUUCGGAACCUGGACCUGAGCAAGUUCUGUAUCGGUCAGAAAGAGGAGCAGCUGCCCAGCUAUGACCUGUAUGCUGUCAUCAACCACUAUGGAGGCAUGAUCGGUGGCCACUACACUGCCUGUGCGCGCCUGCCCAAUGAUCGCAGCAGCCAGCGCAGCGACGUGGGCUGGCGCUUGUUUGAUGACAGCACGGUGACAACGGUAGACGAGAGCCAGGUCGUGACGCGUUAUGCCUAUGUACUCUUCUACCGCCGGCGGAACUCUCCUGUGGAGAGGCCCCCCCGGGCAGGUCACUCUGAACACCACCCAGACCUAGGCCCUGCAGCUGAGUCUGCUGCCAGCCAGGCUUCCCGGAUUUGGCAGGAGCUGGAGGCCGAGGAGGAGCCAGUACCCGAGGGGCCUGCGCCCCUGGGUCCCUGGGGGCCCCAGGAUUGGGUGGGCCCCCCACCACGUGGCCCUACCACACCAGACGAGGGCUGUCUCCGAUACUUUGUUCUGGGCACCGUGGCAGCUUUGGUGGCCCUCGUGCUCAACGUGUUCUAUCCUCUGGUAUCCCAGAGUCCCUGGAGAUGAGCUCACCUGCAGGCAGCUGCUGUGAGCUGGCCUACCUACCUGCCCGCCAGGCCAUGCCUGCCUCUGUGGUGGGGACCAACUCUGGGCUUGGGCCUCAGUGUGUGCAUCUGAGGGGAGAGGGUGGGGACUGUGGCUCCUGCAGGGGCAGAGCAUCCUAGGGUGGGUAUCCCGUCCAGCUGUCUGUCCGUUUGUCCUACUGCUCCUACCCUUGGCCUGGGGCUUAGCCCUGCCCAAGCAGCUUCCUGUAUUUAAAGUGUUAAUAAAGCGAGACUGUUCAGGCCGAUCUCGUCUCUCUGUCUCAAUGCCGCUGCUGUCUGCGCCUGCCUUGGGGCCCUCCCUUGGGUGCCAGGGCUCCAAGCCAGCACCCCCGGGAUGCCAGGCGGCAUACUGGGCAGCCCCCAACCCCUGUCCUCAUAUUCUG